AUGCUCGCAACCUGCGUGCUCCUCUUGCAGAGAACGAUAGAGUCAACAACCACGAGCGGUGUACAUAAGUCCGCUGCUGCUCGGAACGUGUCCGCUGUUUCACUUCGUCGGGAGGAGUUUACGACUGUUGGACCAGCACGGGUGAAGCCACAAGAUGCAGACGUGGACGUAGCCAACGACGCAGAUGGGGGCCAGGAAGAGCGAAUGUUCCCUACAUGGGCAUCCGUAGUCAAAGGAACGCACGCUAUGGAAGAAGUGGAAAGGCUCUCGCUCCCACAAGCACGCACAAGCGAGAUUCUUACGCCCUACGCGAUCAACGAGAAGGCAGACUCGGUCGUCACCCACGGGAUGGCAGAACCCGCUGCCGCCCGCGAUGUAAUGGACAAGUGGCUGGCGAUAUCCCCAACUGAAGGACAUGAAUACUUGAAGAGUCUGGUGAAUGCUGGACAAGGAGGAAAGCUCUUGGAAGCGUUCAAUCAGUUACGACACGAUCCGAGUUACAGAGUACGCGCAGACAUGAUGCAAAGAGCUCUACUCGAAGAGGACCCGGUGGCUUGGCCGCUGGCAGCCAAGCUAUGGCUAGAGUCAAGGGUGAGCCCUGCCGAAUAUUUCCACAUGAUGCCGUUCCGACCGGAAGGAAGCGCUGCAGAUGUACUCGGGAAGGGCCCACAUCCACCCAUUACCUAUCCUACGCUCGAUGAUUGGUACAACGAAGUCGGCAAGUUUCGAGAAAAUCUCGUAUUCGACGACGAUCAAGUGGUCGAAGUGUUGUUGGACAGCGGCCGGUCUGAAGAUGUGGCGCAUUUCCUUUGGCAGCAUCAAGGCCUUAUUACAAGGAAAGAGCGCCCGUCGCAACAGAAGCUAGCCAUGAUUGUGUCGCGUUCGGCAGACAUAUUGGAUAAGUUGCCUCUUAUGUGGCUGACAUGGUCGGUGAGUCCCAAGGACGUGUUUUACAUGAUGCCCAUCUCAUUGGAUGAAAGUUUUAAGAGGACUAUCGAAGAGGGGUCAAUAUCGAACUCAGUCCGUGAUAUGCUUCAGACUUGGGUGAACUAUCUGUACAAGUACCGGGCUAUGGGACUCGACUUCAGCGAUGAUGAAUUGUUCAAAUUGAUGGGAGGCAGCCCGCAGAAGAUGGACGCGGUGAAUCGCAUGUUGCGGCAGACGCCGAAGCGUUUAUCUGGAAGAACGCUCUAA